UUUAGGCUAAUCAAAAUGUACAAUAACUUAGAUUUAAGCGCUCUCAGCAUCGAUGACAUUGUCGAAGAGUAUAAAAUACUCCAUGACCGCCAUCAGCAGUUGAAGGAGCGCAGCGAGGACGAUGCUCAACGCAUCCACGAGCUCAAACGCAGCCUGGACACAGCCUUAGCCGCCGAGAAGUAUUUAACCCAGGAGCUGGAACAUCUCAGCGCCCAAGCGCAGGCCGCUUGUCCCAGCGCCGAUGAUCGAAUGCUGAAGGAAUUGGAGGAGGUGCGACGCAAAUACAAAAGUCUGCAACUGGAGCAGGAAAUCCUGCAACAGGAUUACGACGCCAAGGUUGAGGAGACAUCCACCCUGAGAGCGAAACUGGAGAGCGCUGCGCGUGAUCUGGAGUUAAAUGCGACGCUGAAAGCAAACAGCUCGCAUGAUGAGUCUGCCUCACGUCUGAGCGUCUUGGAACUGGAGAAUGCGGAGCUAAUGCAAAAGUUGGCCGAAUACGAGGAUGCCAAAGUGCAAAAUACCUUUGCCCUGGCCGAGCAGGAGAAAACUAUUGAAGUACUGAAGGAUCAGGUUAGUUGCCUGGAGGAGAAUAUGCGUUCCAAGCGCGAUGAUCUCGAGGAGAAGCUGCAGCUAUUGGAGAGCGCACAGGAGCAGCUGGUGGAUGCCAAUGCCAAAAUAGCACUACUCACCAGUGCACCCGAACAUAAUGAUCGCAAGGGUAAUUCACUGUUUGCCGAGGUCGAUGAUCAGCGGCAGGUGAUGAAGCAAUUGCUGGUUAGCCAGAAGAAGAGCUAUUUGGACAUGAAGAAGAUAUUCAAUGACAGCAAAUAUGAGAUUCAUCGCUUGAAGCGUGAAAACAUUGCUAUGCACAAAGAACUGCAGGCAUGCAGCACCAUCUUCUGCAGCGCAGACAAAACCUAUCAGAAUAAGCUCAAUGAACGCAUUCGCCAGCUGCUGCAGCAGAACGCAAAACUGGAGCGCAAUUUAAAUGUGUCGCAAGAGCGUUUGCGCGAACUGGCCAGCCAGAAGUCGGUGACUUGGCUCGAUUCCAUGCUGGAUUUCUGCAAACGUGAAACCGACGAGCUGAAGUCACAACUACACAGCAUGCACAUCCAAAAGGCCACCGUCGAGGAGCAGAUGCGUAAUGUGCAACAGGAAAUGGCGCGCUGGCGCUUUGAAUCACUGAAAUCACGCUGCGUGCUCAUUGAUCGCGAGAAUCUGCUCAUGGAACACAAGAUUGCCUUCAAGGCCAUUCACGCCAUGGAGUUUGACAUUAAGGAGUCGCAGCUGCAGGCAGCCUUGCCGCGCAUUGUCACGCCCCCAACACCAGCAGCAGCGAACUUAACGAGCGUAACCACUCAAGCUGAGAUCAUAGUUUUGGAUACGCCACUCAGAACACCACGUGUGAGCGUUAAAUUGCAAACUGAUGUCAUUGUGACGCCGCUAAAAACUAAACAGGGGGGCAAUAAACCCGUCUUGGGUUUAAUGAAAGUAAAACGCGAGCUGUCGGAGCCCAAGGAGUCGCACACAACUGCACAGCUGGAAGUGUGCAAUAUUAAGUCCGAGGAGAUGCUGAGCGAGGCCAUGGAACAGAUGGCCAUCGCUGCCAAGCCCAUUAAGAAGGGCACACCCGUAAAGCAGCAUUUUGGAAAAAUCAAAGUGAAAAGCGAGCAGCAGCUGCUGGAAUCGCCCAAAACUGAGCCUGAGGAGGAGCCCCUCGCAUUAACGCAAAUAAAAACCGAGAUUGCGGAGGACGAUGUAGAAGUUCUGACGCCCGCCAAGUCGCAACGCAAGGGCACACCCGUUAAGCCCAAGGCGGAACCGAUUGAGAUUGAUGCGAUUGUCGAGGCGAAACCGUUGCGCAAGGGAACACCAGUUAGAGCUAAGGCCGGCACUGAACCCAUCGAUAUGCAUGCAGUGCGUUCUAUACUAGCAAAAAAGCGCGACUUAUUUGCCGAUACCCAGAAGAAUGUGCAAUUUAGCAGCAAUGCUCCCAUCGUUCACAAUCUCAGUCCGGACCUAUGCUCUCCGCCACCGGACAGCAAGGAGAAUCAGCAACCUGUUGUCCAGGACGUCAAAGCUGCUGCCAAGAAGACGCAAAACAUAAUUCGACGCAUUGUGGUUGCAUCCAAAAGCCAGCGAGCUCCUGAAAACUAAAAAAAAACAAACAAGAAAAA